AUGGGAAAACGGCAUCGCACACACUCUAAUGAGCAGCAGCCUGACAGCAGCAAACAUCAGGAUCCAGGAAGUCAAGUGUCCCAGGGGACCAUGGGGGUCUUGGCUGCUCCAUGGGCAGACCUGGCUCUGUUCUUCAGACACUUCAGUGACGCUGAGGGAGGCUCUCAUCUAUGGAUCUGUGGACUGGUGUUGUUCACCUGUGUGAGCCUCAUUCUCCUCCAACUCAUCAUGUUGUUCACCUGGAAACUACGUCAGGUUGAAUCGGAGUUGUCGAUGGCCCUGAAGAGGAGCGCCCUCUACAGGCCACACGACACCGGUGCAGACAGCGAGAGGAAGAACUGA